UUCAUGAAAUUUCAUAGUAUUGUAGCAACACCUCAGGUGAUUGCAAAAAUCGAGCAAUAUAAACGCGAUAAUCCAACGAUCUUCGCUUGGGAAAUACGACAGCGACUUAUUGAAGAGGCUGUAUGCGAGAAGCCACCAAGCGUUAGCUCAAUAAAUCGAAUAUUGCGUACACGAGCUGCAGAACGAGCUGCUACAGAAUUUUCAACAAUGUUUGCCGUUCAACAACACAUAGCUAAUGUUGUUAAUCGAGCUCCAUUCCUAUCAUAUCCAAUUACUGCAUAUCGGUCAAUGCAAUCACAAGACGCAAAUCUGAUCAUUAAUUUAGAAGGACAACACGAAUCUUUUAGAUCAGCUAAUUCAAAAAGAUCGGCGCGAAGCACCUUCACGCCUGCACAACUGAAAAUAUUGGAGAAUACUUUUGCAUUAACACCAUAUCCAACAAUAGCGGAAAGGAUGACAUUGAUCAAAAAAACUGGCUUGCCUGAGGCUAGAAUUCAAGUUUGGUUUUCAAAUCGUCGAGCUAAAUGGAGGCGUUUUAAACAGGAAACCUCGUUCGAGACAAAAGAUUUUCUGCAAAAAAACUCUGAAGACAAGAAAGAAGUAUUAACAGUAUUUAAGCUGACUUUUUAG